AUGCUGAAGUUGCAAAGUCCACGAAGCACAGAGUUCCCGAUUGCCGCUGGGGAUCUCGAGGAAAGCGGGAGCGAGUCCACAGACUCGCUGAGAACACAGGGAGUUACUUUCCAGAGCUGUGCCGCAGAACCACUGCGGGAGAUCAGUCUCAAUGAUCCCGACCCUUUUUUUUUGUAUCAAGCGAAUCCUAACCUGCAGCACGAGCCUUAUCCGAAGCGAUUCACGGUGCUGACUUGGAACGCGUGUGCGAUCUCCUUUCCUCUGCACAUUCAUCCCGCGAAGUUUGUCGUGGGCCUGAUACUUGGAUGCUGGUGGCACGAUGGUCAUUGUGAUGUGCCGAUGCGUCUGGAUCAGGACAGCGCCCAGGCCCGGUUCGCACGGCAAGCUGCUUACAUCCAAGACUCGGGAGCUGACUUGGUGUUGCUUCAGGAAGUGCUAAGCACCUUGAUGGUUCAGAGCCUCAUGCGCCACCUUUCCGACUUCGAUCACACUUACCUCACCAGUAGCCCCAAGCCUGCAGCCUGGGUACUCUGGACGGGAUUCGUGGUGCUCGUUUCCCUUGUACAGAGCAUCCUGAUUAAGGUGCCGUUCUAUGCGUUGACAGCGACUGAGGGUGUCUGGCUUUCUUUCUUUGUACGCUGGAUGAUCCUUGCCACAAUCCUUGCUCUCCGAUGGCGGAACUCCGUUCCUGCCCAUUUUUUGCUGGGUGAUGUGGCAGGACAGCUGGUAGUAUUGCGUCGCAAGGAAAGCAAAGCCUUGGCUGGAGCCGAGUUUGGUGCGGAAGGCUUCGAGAUCUACGAUGCAGGCUUUCGAGCAGAACGUCACCACAAUCCUCCGAACAAACCAGAGUCUGCAAUCGAGGCGUCGUCGUGGCUCAACGUAUUCUUCAACGUUCGGCCGCGAGGGGUUCUUCGUGUAAGAGUUCCUUUGAAGCGAGCAGCACGACCUGCAGUUUUGACACUGUUGAACACGCACAUGCCCCACAACUGCGACAAUUCCGACCUCCUGCAGAGUCUUGGAAGGUUCGCAGGAGAUUUGGCCAAGCAAGGCCCUGUCAUUCUUGCGGGCGACUUCAACCCUUUGCCCGACAUUCCGCUCCAGAACCAACUCGAUCCCUUGCUCCAAAACGGCUUACAGGUCGCAGGUGGACUGGACGAUGAAUUCUGCACGUGGGAUUUGAACCAGGCACUGACUCGAGAAAACGCCGGCACUCCGCGCACAAUGCAGCUGGACUUCAUCUUCCAUUUGUGCCCAGCCGCUCGCGUGGCUCGCGUGGGUGCUUCAGAUGUCUGCACAGGUCUGGGAGGUUCGGACGGGGGCCACGGAAGUAUCGAAAACUGCGGUUCUUACGACUUUCUGGAUCUCACGGCCUUGCGCACGACAAUCGCCGACCAGGAGAAAUUUUUUUGUGAGGGCGACCCACUAUCCGAUCACUAUGGACUCAUUAGCGAGUUUCUGAUCGAUUGA